UUGGCAGAAUAUUGGGAUAUUGGUGACCCAAUAUAUACAUGUGAACAUUGUAAAGCAUACUUCUGGUUUGAAGAACGAUUAAACAAAAGUUACAAGUCCAAAACCCCGAAAUAUUCAUUAUGUUGUUUGAGUGGGAAAAUUGAACUUCCACGAAUGAAAAGACCUCCUAAAUUACUGGAGGAGUUGAUUUUUGGGAACAAUGUCAAAAGCAAUCAUUUUCUUGAAAAUAUUCGUUCUUACAAUAGCAUGUUCAGUUUCACGUCCAUGGGAGGAAAAAUAGAUAGAAGUUUAAAUACUGGCAAAUCACCGUCAAUGUUCCGAAUGCACGGCCAAAAUUAUCAUUUGAUCGGAAGUUUGAUACCACCUGAAGGUUCUCAGCCAAAAUUUGCUCAAUUAUACAUUUAUGAUACCCAAAAUGAACUUGUGGUUGAACUUAAGCAAAUGUUAGAUGACAAUAAUGUAUUGGUGAAGUCUUUUAGAAUGGUAAAGGAGAAGAUUGAGGAGUCUCAGACAUCUGAAGUUAAGCUACGACUUAUUGGCAAAAGAGGAAACGAUCCAAGAAGAUACAAUCUACCUUUAGUUUCUGAGGUUGCUGCUUUGAUUGUAGGCGAUUUUGAUGAAUCACUACAACAUAGAGAUAUAAUUGUUGAAACACAAUCUGGAAAACUAAAGCGCAUAAGUGAGUUGCAUGCAUGUUAUCUUGGUUUACAAUAUCCACUGUUGUUCCCAUAUGGCGAGGAUGGAUACCAAGAAAAUAUACCAUUUUCCGGCGCAAAUGCUGUAUCAAAGAAAGAUAAGCGGAAAAGAGUCAGCUUUAGAGAGUUUUUUGCUUAUCGGUUGCAUGAGAGACAGAGCGAGUUACCAAUAAUAAUGUCAACCAAGAGGUUAUUUCAACAAUUCAUUGUUGACGCAUAUACAAUGGUUGAAUCAAAUAGACUAUCGUAUGUGCGCAGAAAUCAAAAGAAAUUACGUGCUGAAAUGUAUAAGGGCCUUAGCGAUGCAUUGAUAAGAGGAGAGAAUGACCCGACUAUGCAUGGAAAACGUGUUAUUUUGCCAUCAUCAUUUACUGGAGGUGCUCGAUAUAUGAUUCAAAAUUAUCAAGAUGCAAUGGCCAUUUGCCGAUGGGUUGGAUAUCCCGAUUUGUUCAUCACAUUCACUUGCAAUCCAAAAUGGCCAGAGAUUGUUAGGUAUGUGGAGAAAAGAGGAUUGAAACCUGAAGAUCGUCCAGAUAUCAUUGCUCGAGUGUUCAAAAUUAAGUUGGAUAAUAUGAUAAAGGACUUUAGAAAGAAUAAAAUAUUUGGCACUGUCAAAGCAGUUGUAUAUACAGUUGAAUUUCAAAAGCGUGGAUUACCUCAUGCUCACAUCUUGCUAUUUUUGAGCAAAGAACAUAAACAUCCGACAGCCGAACACAUUGAUAACAUUAUCUCGGCAGAAAUUCCUGAUCCACAAUAUGAUGGAGAUUAUUACAAAUCAGUUCAAGAUUUUAUGAUGCAUGGUCCUUGUGGAGCAACCAAUAAAAACUCUCCUUGCAUGUCUAAUGGUCGUUGCACUAAAUAUUUUCCAAAGAAGUUUAUUGAGGCAAGUUCUGUUGAUGAAGAUGGAUAUCCUGUGUAUAAACGUCGGGACAAUGGCAGGUUUGUUGAAAAAGGUGGUGUUAUAUUGGAUAACAGGUAUGUGGUACCUCAUAAUAGAUAUCUUCUGAUGAAAUAUGGUGCACAUAUAAAUGUUGAAUGGUGCAAUCAAUCUCGAUCAAUCAAAUAUUUGUUCAAGUAUAUAAACAAAGGUCAUGAUCGUGUUACGGCAUCUUUCUAUGAAAGUAGUAGAGAUGACGAAGCUCAAAGAAAUUGUGAUGAAGUGAAGAUGUACUAUGAUUGUAGAUACAUAUCACCUUGUGAAGCAGCUUGGAGAAUAUUUAAGUUUGACAUCCAAUAUAGAGAUCCUGCAGUUGAGCGCUUGAGCUUUCAUCUUCCUGGUGAACAAAGUGUGAUAUUUACAGACUCUGAUCCAAUAGAUGUUGUACUUGAUCGAGCAACUGUCAAACAAAGUAUGUUUCUGUCUUGGUUUGAAGUUCGUGGUCCAAGAUGUUAUGAAGAUAUAAGAUGCAUAAAUGGAGUUCAAUAUACUUCAUUUCGAGAUGCUUGCUAUUCUCUAGGACUUCUAGACGACGACAUUGAGUACAUUGAUGGGAUCAAUGAAGCAAGUCAAUGGGCAUCAGCAAGUUCCUUGAGAAAUCUAUUUGCAACUUUAUUAGCGUCAGAUUCUCUUGCCGUUCCAGAGAAAGUUUGGGAUAAGUGUUGGAGUUUUCUUUCAGAUGACAUUUUGUACAAUCGAAGAAUUUUGCUACAACAUCCAGAUUUAAUUCUUGCUGAGGAUGAAAUAAAAAAUUGCGCCUUGAUCGAGAUUGAGAAGUUGUUGCGUAGUUUGGGUCGGAGUUUGCGUGAUUUUGCAACCAUGCCAUUUCCGACAGAUGAUAACUUUCAAAUCAAUCAAAAUAGAUUGAUUAUUGAUGAGCUACAAUAUGAUCGUAUUGCUCUUGAAGAAGAGUAUCGAGAUUUCUUGCAAAAGUGUACAUAUGAGCAACGUCAUGUCCAUGAUAAAGUAUUGAGUGCAGUAAACUCAAAUUCAGGCGGGAUGUUCUUUGUAUAUGGUUAUGGAGGUACUGGUAAAACAUUUGUUUGGAAGGGUUUAUCAGCUGCACUGCGGUCAAAGGGUGAUAUUGUUAUAAAUGUUGCUUCAAGUGGAAUAGCUUCGCUUUUGUUGCCUGGUGGAAGAACAGCUCAUUCACGCUUCAAAAUUCCUCUCAAUCCAAAUGAAGACUCAACGUGCAACAUAAAACAAGGCAGUGAUCUUGCAAAUCUCAUAAUAAGAGCAAAACUCAUAAUUUGGGAUGAAGCGCCUAUGAUGCAUAAAUUCUGUUUUGAAGCAUUGGAUAAAACUUUGCGUGACAUAAUGCGUUUUUCUUGCUCUUACAGUUAUGAUGUUCCAUUUGGAAGGAAAACGAUUGUUUUCGGGGGAGACUUCCGUCAAAUUUUACCUGUCAUUCCAAAAGGUACUAGACAAGAUGUUGUGAAUGCUACAAUCAAUUCUUCAUAUUUAUGGAAGAGUUGCACUGUCUUACGAUUGACAAAAAACAUGAGACUUGGGAAUGCACGUACAAAUGAAGAGUCCAUCCAAUUGGAGCAAUUUGCUAAGUGGAUAGCAAGUGUGGGAGAUGGGAUACUAGGAGGUCCAAAUGAUGGUGAAGUGGAUAUUGAGCUUCCAGAUGACAUUCUCAUUAAAUAUUCAGGAGAUCCUAUUUGUGAAGGCAGACAAUAUUUGAGCUCAGAUAAGACGUGCACAACAGACUCUACUUCAUCGUUGCUCCAUGACAUACAUACGCCUGAGUUCCUAAAUAGUCUUAAAUGUUCUGGUGUCCCCAAUCAUGAACUAUACUUGAAAGUUGGAACUCCAGUCAUGCUAUUGAGGAAUAUAGAUCAUGCAAAUGGCUUGUGCAAUGGCACUAGAUUGGUUAUUACCAGAUUGGGGAGUCACGUAUUGGAAGCCAAAGUUAUAACUGGUCAUAAUGCUGGAAACAAAGUUCUUAUUCCAAGAAUGUCACUGACACCAUCAGAUCCAAGAUUGCCUUUCAGAUUUCAGAGAAAACAAUUUCCUGUCAUAGUCUCUUAUGCAAUGACAAUAAACAAAAGCCAAGGUCAAUCAUUAAACCAUGUUGGAUUAUUUUUGAAAAAACCAGUUUUUAGUCAUGGACAGUUGUAUGUAGCAAUUUCACGAGUCACAAAUCGUUCUGGUUUGAAAAUUUUGAUUUGUGAAAAUGAUGGUGACUACCAAAAAAAUGCUACUACAAAUGUUGUAUAUAAGGAAGUACUGCAAAAUAUAUAAUAUAUGGAGUACUUUGUUUA